AUGAAGAGGAAAAUCUACAGGUGUGAAAAGAUGGGCCUGUGGCUCCGUCAAGCGAGGCGCUUCCGUGGCUAUAUAAGGCAGGGGAUCUACCAGAGAAAGGCACACUCCUUCUCUGUCUGUCGCCAUGGCUUCACUGAAGACGAUCGUGACGCUCCUCUGCCUCGGUGGGUCACGUGGGAUCAGCGGAGGGAAAAUAAGAUCAAAUACCACAAAAGAUAUGAUAGGCUCGUUCUUGCAGAAGAGGAAGUCCGGGAAAAGCGUGGAUUUAUCGGCGGUCAUGGCGGCGGCUAUGGAGGAGGCCACGGUGCAGGCGUGGGCGGAGGCUACAGCAGCGGCGGCGGAGGCUACCUGAUCGUCGGCGCCGGCGGCGGGGGCGGCCACGGCCCCAGCGCCGCCGACGUCGCCAACGAGGCCGCCGCACAGGCCACGGCCGCCGCCGCCGGCCUCUCCGGUGCCGCCAACGCCGCCUACGGAGCGGCCGCCAGCCAGGCCGCUUCCGUGUCGUCGGCCGCCGCCCAGACUGCUCAGGCAGCGGCAGCAGGCAAGCAGGCGCAGGCCGCCCAGGUCACCGUGGCUCUGCAGGGCGCCCAGGCUGCCUCCUACGCCGAGGCUUCCCUCACGGCGCAGGCCGCGCAGGCCGAACAGGAGGCCGAGAACACCUACAACCUAGCGGUGGCCACGCUCAACGACAUCAGCGCCGCCGAGAACGAGGCGCGAGCCGUCGUGGCGCAGACGGGGCAGGCGCUGCAGGCCGCCCGCCGCGUGCGCGCCUCGCAGGCCGCCAUGGCCUGGCAAGCGCAGCAGACCGCCAACGCCCUCGAGCAGCAGCAGACUCUGGCUCUCAAGGACCUGCAGUCGGCGCAGCAGGCGGCGGCCCAGGCCGAGGCCGCGGCAUCCAAGGCCCUGGCCAAAGCCAAGGGCAACAACCCUUACGGCUACGGACACUAA